AUGGCUCCCCGAGACAUCAAGCCGUUGGUUCUCUACGGCAUCUACCCCACAGCCAACCCCGUCAAGGUGGCCAUCAUCCUCGAGAUCCUGAACAUCCCCUAUGAGCUCAAGUCUACCGACUUCAGACAGUGCAAGGAGCCCGAGUACCUCGCCAUAAACCCCAAUGGCCGCUGUCCUGCUAUCCACGACCCUAACACUGGCCUCUAUCUCUGGGAGUCUGGUGCCAUUGUAGAGUACCUUGUUGACGAAUACGACAAGGAGAACACCAUCUCUUUCUCUUCGCUGCACGAGAAAUACCACUUGAGACAGUGGCUGCAUUUCCAAGUCAGUGGUCAAGGCCCAUAUAUCGGCCAAUUCUCAUGGUUCAAAUGGUAUCACGUCGAGAAGUUCCCGUCUGCUGUUGACAGAUAUGCUAAGGAGACCCGUCGUGUUAUGGGUGUCGUCGACUUGGGAUUGAAAGACAAGGAGUGGCUUGUUGGUGGUAAGAUGACCUACGCCGACAUUUGCUUGGUUCCAUGGUUCUUCUGGGCAAAGAGAAUCGGCGGAGACGAGUGGUAUGCCGAACAAGUUUCCGAGCUUCCCAACUUCCAGAAGUGGUGGAACAAGAUUAUCGAAGUUCCAAAGAUCAAGGAGUUCUGCGCUGGCAUUGCACAGUUCGACCCAUCAUAUGUCCCGAAGGAUGUUCUGGACAGACUGAACAACGAGACUGCCUAA